GUAUUUGUAUAAAAACUUGAGUUUAUUUUUUAUUGUUUUACUUUUUAGAAGUUUAUAAAAAAUCAAACAGGAUGACUGAAGGAAAAUGCACGUUUGGCACGCGGAUGCCAAUAGACAUCCACAUGCUGAACGAAAUCAUUUACCGAGAGGUGAAGAACUUCAGGAACUACAAGAUAUACCGGCCUAACUUCGGAUCUAUACCCGUUACCGGUAAGUUCUACGCUGCUCACGACCAGCUCAAAGCUGAAUCUAUAGAAGAGACGAAGAAGGUAGAAGAUUACCACAGCAAUGUGGCACAGACUAGAGCCAAGGGACCUCGCAGUAAAUACGAAGCGCCAGCUACUGAGAACCAAUGCUACGGCUGGUACCACAAACCCCUGGUACCAAUGAACCGCAGCGACCGUCGGUUCUACCAUCCGAAGAGGGAGAGCAAACAUACUAAGAUAGAAAUCGUCAUUCUAAUGUCCAAUCCCAAACAUAAAAAGAAGGAUAAAUAGAAAUAGUACUUGAACUAUAAACAAAUGUGUUCCAGAACAGGGUAAUGCUUGCA